UUAAACCAUCACCAUGUCAAACUCUCGACAACAACAACGCGCAUCCAGCCUGCCUAUAUAUAUAACCUGACGUUACCUACCUGUGUUCAAUUCUCAUUCUGUUCUUGGAGCCUUUUUCGAAGCGUAGCGUAGUACGUUGCGUUCUUCUUCAACAGUCAACACGACCACGUACGGGCGACCUAUACACCGUCGUCGACAUGGCCGAGUUCGCCCCAGGGUUCCGCUUCUACCCGACGGAGGAGGAGCUCAUCUGCUUCUACCUCAGGAACAAGCUCAGCGGCACGCGCCGCGCCGACAUCGAGCGCGUCAUCCCCGUCGCCGACGUCUGCACCCUUGAUCCAUGGGACCUGAUCUCAGGCACGUUCAUUCGACGUCCCAUCCGCAGAAAGCUAGCGUAGCGUCGUCCAUCAUGGCAAAAGCACAGUCCAUCGACCGAUCGACUAGCUGCAUGUCUUUGGUUAGUUAGUUAGUUACUCAACGAUGCCUCGAUUGCAUCCAUAUGCAGAGGCGCACCGCGGCGCGUGUUCCGGCAACGAGGAGCCGUGGUUCUACUUCUGCCCGCGGCAGGAGCGCGAGGCGCGGGGCGGGCGCCCCAGCCGGACCACGCCGUCCGGCUACUGGAAGGCGGCGGGCACCCCGGGCUUGGUCUACGCCGCCGACGGCCGCCCCAUCGGGACCAAGAAGACCAUGGUGUUCUACCGCGGCCGCGCGCCGGCGGGGGCCAAGACCAAAUGGAAGCUAAACGAGUACAAGGCUUUCGAGGACGACGACGCCACCGCCGCCGUCGCUGCUCCGGCGCCGCCGAGCCAUGCUCUCCAGGUAACUAACUCAUGCAUGGCUCCGGUCAGCCGACAAAAGUGCCUGCUUAUCACUUCACUAUCUGCUAAUUGCACACUGUAGUCACGCGAGUCGUGAGGGCACAGGCACACACGCGCACAAGUUGCGCGAUUUCUUGCGACGCGACGCCCAAAGGUGCAUUGCUGUCUCUGUUUCUCUCUGCAGACGUGGAGCCAGUACAGCCUGUGUCGGCUCUACACCAAGUCCGGGUGCCUGCGGCAGUUCGAUCGCCGCCGGUCCAGCACCGCCGCCGCGACGGGUGGCGGCAACGAGAACAAGCCGCCGGCGCCAUCUACUGCGCUGCCAGACGGUGACCAAACGGGACAGAAGAGGAAAAGGGCUGCGCCCACCGACGACACAUCUUCCAGCUACGAGGACGGCGACGAGGACGUCUCCACGCAGCAGCGGCUGCGGCUGGCACAGAGAGGGGCCGAUGAUGAGGGAGUCAAGGACAUGACCGACUGGUGGUCAGAGUUCUUGGACGACUGCAUUUGAUACUUUGCAUUGGGUCCGCCUGUGCUACGUAAAUCCAUGCUCGAGCUCUUAUUUUUGCGAUAUUUUUCUGUUACAGGAACAAGAUUUUUUUAACAAUUCUUUACCCAAUCGACUGCCAAUAUAUAUAUGACCAGUCGGAGUGGAUAUUAAUUUUGGGAUAUACUACCUUAAACUGUGGAUCACCUGUUGUAAUCUAAUUAAGCUCACAGCUUAUUACAAGAAACAUUUUUUCAACUCAAUGUAAACAAGACUUCAGAAAA